AUGGCCAAGAUAAUAUCCACGAUAAAGGCCAUCCUCACGAGGAUCAUCUUCAGUGCCCACAGUCUGCUGGCCAUUUGGCAGGUGACGACGUUCAAGGACGACAUCAUCUACUGGACACUAUGCGGACCCCUGCUGCUGCUGCUGCUCGAGGGCAUUUUCACCAUCAUGAUCAAGAAGACGCAGGAGUGGCGCUGGUUCUGCCCCUCCGUGUUUCUAUACCUGAGCAGCAUUGUGCCCGCCAUUUGGCUGUUGGAGCUGGACAAGAUUGAGCGUCGCCUGCAGAUAAUCAAUGCCUCGCUGACCAGCUCGAAUGCCACCAGCACCAAUCCGAACAACUUCAGCAGCCCCAGCAGCAGCCUCAUCAGCGGCCCCAGCGGCAGCAGCAACAGCAGUGGCAUGGAUCCAGUGGCGGAUCUGCUGGACGAUGCGGGCAUCAAGCUGCCCGUCAUCAGUGCGGACACCUGGACCACCCUGAUUGAGCAGUUCCUGAUGCUCAUUCUGAUCGUUGGCCGCUGGCUGCUGCCCAAGGGAGAUCUCACGCGGGAUCAGCUGAGUCAGCUUCUGCUGGUCUACAUUGGCACGGCGGCGGACAUCAUUGAGUUUUUCGACUCCUAUAAGGAUGAUUCCAUUGCACGCAUUGGCUUCCUGGUCUACCUGACGCUGGGCAUCUGGUCCUGGAGUCUCAUGCAGUUCACGAUUGUGCUCUCGGCCACACGGGGAAGACGACCCCGGGGCAGUGGCUCGCACCAGAAAGAGGAACACACGGACUGCUGCCAGAACUGCUGCUGUGGCAUUGAUGUGUGGGGCAUUGUCCUCAAUGUCAUACUGCAGGACGCUCCGUUCCUCACCUUCCGCCUGCUGAUCAUCUUCCAGUACAAGAUUAUCAACUACAUGAAUGUCUUCUUUACAUGUAAAAACUCUCUGGUGAUCAUCCUGCAGCUGUAUCGGCUGUACGUGGUCAACGCGGAAUUCUGGAAGAGUCGUCGGGAGAGUCGGAUGGCCAAGUCGCGCCAGUUCCAGUCGCGUCGUCGAGUCCAGGACGCAGACCAGAACAGCAUCUACAUGAUAUCCAAUGAGCGUGGCGGCGAUGUUAAAAAGAAAAUCAAAAAGGCCAAAGACAAAGACUAUGCCAUACAGGAGGCCAGCUACAGCAAAAAGAAAAAGGACAAAAAGGACAAGAAGAAGCGAAAACACAAGGACACGGGAUACUCCACGGCCAGCUCACAGAAUCUGUAUUCCACGAAGGCCAGCGGCACCGAGAAGGAUCCGCGACGCAAGGACAAAAAAGGCAAAAAGUCGAAGCGCAUCUGCAGCAGCUCCCCCAGCGACUGCGACCUGGCCAACGCCAAGAAGCAGAAGCGCGCCAAGAACGCCGAAAAAAACGAUAAGAAGAAAACCCGCAAGAUCGAAGUCAUUGAAGAGUCGAACAGCUCGAGCAGCAGCAGCAGCUCCGACUCGAGCAACUCGACGCUGCCCAGCUACGAGGUGAUCGACGAGAAGAAGGCGAAGGCCCGAAGGCGCAAGCAGCGGGGCGGCAGUAGCAGCGACAGCAGCUCCUCGGAAAGCAGCUCGGAGAGCUCCUCCUCCUCAUCCUCGUCCUCAUCGUGA